GUUUCUUAGUGUUUGGUGGUUCAUAGGCCAGCGAUGUGUACUAGAUUAAGGUGAAAAAGAGUUUUUGAUCACGGAGUGUGAGACCGGCAUGGUUUCGAAUGGAGGGAAGGAAAUUGAAUUUGUAUGCUCCAUUACCAUCAAUAAGACGGAUUCCGUCUAUGAUAGAGCGUUCUAGUGAGUUAGAGAACAAGAAGAUGACGAUUACAAGACCAGAGCUUCGAUCAUGUCCAAGCACAAAACAAGAAACGCCGGUUUUUGUAUUACCAGACCAGAGCUUUGAUCAUCUCACAGAACCAGCUUCAAUUCCUUUUAUGUGGGAACAAAGCCCUGGAAAACCAAAAGAUGACAUGGCUACAUUGAUUCAAGAAUCAGGUUUACUAGAAACCGAUGAUGAAGAAGAAGAAGACGAAGAAGAUUUGGAUACGGUUUCUUCAAAUGUAAGCUUCUCUGUUAACUGCAGCACAAGUGGAGUUAGCGAAAUCGAGAAGACCGGUGAAAAAUCUGACGGUGAUGACAAAUCUAGAGAAAGUCUUGAUCUAAUGAUGUCGAGAUUCUUACCAGCUGCUAAAGCAAUGGCUCUUCAGACACAUCAGAAACAUCAAUCUUCUUAUAACUCUUCAGAGCAGAAGCUAAUCACUCAGAACAGAGAAGCUCUCCUAAUUCGUCAAAGAAGUCAAUUAGUCGCAGAACAUGAACAUUUCGCCAUUGUUCAGAGUCUUUAUGAUGAUUUAAACAUUGAUGAUGAUACUGACGACGACGAUGAUGAUGAUGAUGAUAGCGGUGAUGGUGAUCACAAGAUCUACCCAGAAGUUACCAAGAAAGUUUGUGGAUUCUUGCCAAGGCUUUGUGCUAAGAACUCAUUCAAGUUUCUAAACCCGGUUCCUUUGGAUUCAGUAUCAAACCGGUCUAAGAAACAUUCGGGUGAUCAAACCGGUUUACCAAACUGGUCAACUAGGCGUCUUUCCGGUUUUAUCUCUCCGUACCGAACUUCUUGUUCGGAUUCCGGUUUUCUCGGAACUCCGGAGAAACCAGAGAGCUUCAAAAGGCUAAACAGAGGAAUAAGCAAGUCUCAAGAACUGUAUCCAACAAGAACAAGAAGAGAGGUUCUUCCUAACUAUUCGAAUUCUGGAGAAAUCAGAAUGUUUAGAAACUCGGUCUCCACUCCAACGAGGAUCCAACGUACGACAAUUCACGAUUCGAGGUUUCUUGUGGAGGAAGUAAACAGAAGAAGGAACGAUAGGUCAGGGCAUCUUCUCAAAACGUCGUCGGAAUAUAUAUCGGCACUUUCUCCUCCGCCGUUGCCAGAAACUCCGUCUCGAUCCUGGCUUGGAAGAACCCUCCUACCACCGUUAAACCCGAGACCGCACGGUGUCGUUUUAGGUCAAGUUGGUAACAAGAAACUGAAUCAAGAAGUUCUUGAAUCUACCAAAUGGGAAACGAUCGUUAAAACAUCGGAAAAAUCUGUAGUAUAUAGUGUUUGUUGUAAAAACCUUAUAAUGAUGGGUUGUGGAUUUCACUUCCCUUGGUUCUUCUUCUUGAUCAUUGGCCUUCAAGCUCCUCUCUCAUUGUCCCUCACUUCCCAAGGAUCCGCAUUGUUGAAAUUCCGGGCAAGAGUGAACUCGGAUCCUCAUGGGACUCUUGCGAAUUGGAAUGUUUCUGGUAAUGAUCUCUGUUUUUGGUCAGGGGUUACUUGUGUUGACGGUAAAGUGCAGAUUCUGGAUCUUAGCGGAUGUUCUUUGGAAGGAACAUUAGCUCCUGAGCUAAGCCAAUUGAGUGAUUUAAGAUCUCUAAUACUCUCUAGGAACCAUUUCUCCGGUGGAAUUCCAAAGGAGUAUGGGAGUUUCGAAAACUUGGAAUUCUUGGAUUUGAGAGAUAAUGAUUUGAGCGGACAAAUUCCGCCUGAGCUAAGCGAUGACUUGUCUAUCAAACACUUGUUGCUUUCUGGUAACAAAUUUUUGGGUGAUACGAGAAUAAAGAUCGUGAGACUUCAAUCGUCCUAUGAAGUCCGGUUAAACAAGAGUCCAAAGUUAUCACCUUUAGCUAUUCUCGGCUGUAUUAACAGAAAACUUGGACAUUGUGUUUCAAGAAACCGUAUCAUUCGAGUAAAAAAGGUAGAAGCUAUUGUAUUCCGGAUCAAAGCAACCUCCAGACGUUUCUUGAAAGCAUUCCCUAGCUUUUUGGAGGAAACUGAUAUCUUCAAACGGCGUGAGUUACUCGAGGAGACAAGCAAUUUGGCGGCUGAGCCUGCUCCUUCCGCUCCUAGUCCUUCUCCCGAGAUUAUAACUGAAGCUUCCCCUCGAAGCAGCGGGUCUUUCCCUGCAGUAACCAGUGCAAAGAAGAGAAGACCGCCUUUACUCCCUCCUUUACCUUCUCCUGAUAAGAACACUAGUCUUGAUACCUCUAAGAAUCAGCCACAAGAUAAUAAACAGUCAAAAGGGUCAAAACAUGUAUGGCUGUAUGUGGUUAUUGCGGUUUCUUCUUUCGUCGGUUUACUGAUUAUAGUAGCGGUUAUCUUCUUCUGCCGGAAAAGAGCCGUAAAGAGCAUAGGUCCUUGGAAAACUGGUCUUAGUGGACAAUUGCAGAAAGCUUUUGUUACCGGGGUACCAAAGCUCAAUCGGUCUGAGCUUGAAACAGCGUGUGAGGAUUUCAGCAACAUUAUAGAGACAUUUGACGGUUACACUGUGUAUAAAGGAACAUUGUCGAGUGGUGUUGAGAUAGCGGUGGCUUCAACCGCAAUUGCUGAAUCUAAAGAAUGGACAAGAGCCAUGGAAAUGGCAUACCGUAGAAAGAUUGAUGCAUUAUCGCGGAUCAACCAUAAGAACUUUGUGAAUCUGAUUGGAUACUGCGAAGAAGAUGAUCCUUUUAAUAGGAUGAUGGUCUUCGAAUAUGCUCCAAAUGGAACUCUUUUCGAACAUUUGCACGAUAAGGAGACAGAGCAUCUUGAUUGGAGCGCACGGAUGAGAAUAAUAAUGGGAACGGCUUACUGUCUACAACAUAUGCACGCGAUGAACCCGCCUAUGGCACAUACGGAUUUCAACUCAUCGGAAAUCUACCUAACCGAUGACUACGCAGCCAAGGUCUCGGAGAUUCCAUUCAACUUAGAGGCACGAUUAAAUCCGAAGAUACAUGUGAGUGGUGACUUAGAGAAAACGUCAUUGCUACUACCUCCAGAACCAGAGGCUAACGUCCAUAGCUUCGGAGUCCUAAUGCUCGAAAUAAUCUCCGGAAAGCUCUCUUUCUCAGACGAAUACGGAUCUAUAGAGCAAUGGGCUUCAAAGUACCUUGAAAACGACGAAUUAGGAGAGAUGAUAGAUCCAUCGUUAAAGACAUUCAAAGAAGAAGAGCUUGAAGUGAUCUGCGAUGUGAUACGAGAAUGUCUGAAAACAGAACAGAGACAUCGACCUUCAAUGAAAGAUGUAGCGGAACAACUAAAACAAGUUAUCAACAUAACUCCUGAGAAAGCUACUCCAAGAUCCUCUCCUCUUUGGUGGGCAGAGCUCGAAAUCUUGUCCUCUGAAGCUACUUGACCAAUCAGAGGUUUCUCCUAUUCGUUUAAUGCUCUCUCUCUCUCUAUAAGUUGUAUCAUUUUUUUUCUUUUUUCUUCUGGUUUCUUGGAUCAGUUUUUUCUUAUAUGAGCAUUUGGUUUCUUGAUUCUUCAACGUUCAGCUUGUUUUGAUUAGUGUUUCUUCGAUGGAUUUAAUAUAUACGAGUUUCGAUG